AUGCUCCUGUUAGAUGCAGAGGGUACAGAGAUCAUCCUGGAACCCUUCGAUCCACGCUUGGCCGAGAGAACGCAGAUGAUUCUGCCCUGCAACCGGCUCUUGGUCUUCCGUCAGGACCUCUUUUCGUACAGCUACCGGGCCUGUGGCAAAAGUGGUGCUGCCCUUCAAGUGCAGCUGGUGACCCAGUCCCAGGUACCCAACACCCGGGACUUGAGGGUCGUCACCGUGCCAUCACAGCUGAUGAAUGACCAUCAAGUGAUGGUGAGGUCCAUGGCAUGUCACUACCCUGGGAAUGCGCAGGGGCAAAGUGGCUACUGGGCGGUGUCCACGGUCUCCAAUGAUGGCUUGGUGCCGGUGCCGGUGACCCGUUGGGAUGCUGCGCUGUACUAUUCCUCCGAAGAGAAGGAGGGUUUCACCUAUGCGAUUCAUGGAGGCUUUUGCAAUGAUGAGGACGUCAUCAUGUCACCUGGACUGAGGAACAUCAUCAUGCCGAGUUCGGUACAAGAAAAGGAGUACUAUGAGGCGGGCAUCAUGUCGCCGGCGCAGCGCUUGCUCCUGCAGACGGGCUACGAGGCCUUGCGUGGCUCCGGCGUCAACCGAGCGGGCGCCCGCAACUUGGCGUGUGGCGUCUUCUUGGGCGACUCCGGAUGCGACUGGCCCCAGCUCUUUGGCAAGGUGGUGGGGCCUCAGAGAUGCUUGGGCUCCGCCCAAAGCAUCGGAGCCGCGCGACUGGCGCAUGUGCUGGGCUUGCGUGGGCCGACGAUGACGAUGGACACGGCCUGCUCCUCCUCGUUGGUGGCCAUCGGAAUGGCUCACACGGCGCUGCGGAAGGCCAUGCCUGAGCAAGUGGACCCAGGUAUCCUCCCACACAUCAAGACGGCCUUGGCACAGGGCUGCAACCUGCUCCUGUCGCCUCGGAUGUACAUUCAAUACUCGGGGCCUCAUAUGUUGUCGCCCCGGGGCCGGUGCUUCACCUUCGACAGCGGGGCGGACGGCUAUGCUCGCGGGGAGGGCUGCGGCUCACUGGUGCUGAAGAUGGGCCCCGCCGAGAGUGAAGCGCAGGAGUGCUUGGCAUCACUGAUUGGCAGUGCAGUGAAUCAAGAUGGGCGAUCGGCCAGCAUGACUGCGCCCAACGGCCCCUCACAGCAACAAUGCAUCAGGACGUCCAUGUUGGAAUCCAAGCUCAGCGCCAGUGAGAUCAAUGUGGCGGAGUGCCAUGGCACUGGCACUGCCUUGGGAGAUCCCAUUGAGGUCAGUGCAUUGCGCAUGGUGAUGCAGGACCGGCCCAACCCGAUCUUGAACACCAGUGCCAAGACGAAUCUGGGGCACUUGGAGGCGUCCGCCGGGAUGGCAGGUGUGUUGAAGUGCGUGAAUAUCUUGAACAGCAGCACCUGUCCAGCCAACAACCACCUGCGAUUGCUGAAUCCUCACAUGGACACCAAUGGCUAUCCAGUCUACUUCGCCAAUGAGCUCUCGGACUACGGGGUGAAGAGUGGCAUCAGUGGCGUGUCCUCCUUCGGCUUCGGUGGCACCAAUGCGCGUGGCGACCUGUGGGGCCGCUGUGUGAAGGGCGCCAAGAAGACGGAGCUGCUGGACACAGGUGUCUGGGUGCUGCAGAGGCAGCUCUUCUAUGACCGAGUCUUCCACUAUGGUCAUCCAGGACCUCAUGCCAGUGAUCAGAUCUAUAUCGCUGGCUCGUGGGAUGCCUUUACCAGCAUGCAAGAGAUGGAGAAGCAGGUCCUUGGCGAGUACCGGGCCCUGGUCCGCCUCGGGGAGACGGGCCGCGAGCAUUUCCGGCUGCUCGUCAACCAGGAUCCCAAUCAGAUCAUCCACCCGGGCCAAGCGUUGGCGGGUCCCAGGAGCAUCGCCUUGGGUCCGGACAGAAAGGGCAAGGCAGCCAGUUGGCUCAUCGAUGGGUUACUGGAUGGUGGUGGUGCCGGGGCCAACUACGUGGUGAAGCUGGAGUGGGGCUUCAGCUGGGAGAGAGGAGAGUACAGGAUUGUGACCUGGCAACCGGCUGGCAGCGACGCUCCACGAAGCUUCUCAAGUUUCAACCACUCCUACUCUGUUGCAGGUAGUUGGACUGCUUGGAAGUGCCAAGAAAUGGUUCGAAGCCAUGAGGAGGAGGGUCUUUGGAGCACCUCAGUUCGCUUGGGCUUGUCAGGGCAGGAGGAGUUUCAGUUUGUGCGCGACCGAGAUUGGUGCCAGGUCAUCCACCCGGCAGCCAGCCGUGUGACACGCACAGAGAUACCCAUCAUGGGCCCCGACCAUUUGGGCCAUGGAAGGAAUUGGCUACUGCAGGGCAAGAGCAAUGAGGUGGUCACCAUCCAGCUGCGGGUGGUGGAUGGUGAGAUCACCAUGACGACCUGCAGCGCUGAGAGCGGUGUCCAAACUUGGACCUCCUCGACCGGGCCCAAAGAGGACGGCUCCGAGCCGGUCUUCCUGAUCUCCGGCUCUUGGAAUAACUGGGGCUUUGAUGUCAUGAAGAAGGCUCCGCGCUUGGGCGACCAAGCACAGGAGGUGGAACCGUCCACGAGUUCUCCCGUCUUCCAAUACGAGCUACUGAUGGGAAGUGAUGGAGUGGCCGAAUUCCAGCUGGUGCUGGAUGAUUGGGGCCUUGAACACCAGCUCAGUGGCCCCUCCAAGUGGCUGAAUCCUUUGAAGGACUCGCACCGACGCCUCUACCCGAACAAGCCAAAGGCUGCCUUGGGGGAGGCCUAUGUUUGUGGCCCCGACAACCGUGGGCAUGGCCUCAACUGGUCCAUCACUGCUGCACCCGGCGCUCGUGUUCAGAUUAGCCUGGAUCUAGAGGCUGAGGGCCCGAAGGCCGAGCGUCAGGCGAAUCUGGAACGGUCGUCGUAUUUGAAGCAGAGGAAAGACGAGGCCAAGCGCCGGAUGGAAGAGGAGCGCAUGGCGCAGCUCGAAAAGUAUCGCGAGGACUACGAGGCCCGUGCAGCGCAAGAGGAGAUGCUGCGUGCCCGCACGGACGCUCUGGUGGCGAAGAUGGAGAAAGAGGAGAUGGAGCUCAUCCAGAGGUUGCAGAACACUCAAACAGUGCAGCGCAAUGCCUACGAGGAGUUGGAGGCUGCCUUGGGCCAAACCAGCCAGCAGAUCUCUUCUUCACGAGGCCCCAAGACCGAACCGCGCCCGGCUGCGUGA